AUGAACCGUACAUUAAUAAAAAACUUGUUGACUCUUAAACCUAAAGAAUGUCACCGAUCUUAUGCAAUCAUGACAAGAGCAAAGCAUCGUGCCGGAAUCCCAGUAUCCGAGGCUCCCAAGCCCAAAAAAAUCCAACAAACCACUACCAAUAAAGAACUUGGCCCAGAACAAAAAGCACAAUUACAAGCCCGUUUACAAAACUUGCAUUUUCGAAAACCUGCAGGUAUCAAUGAGAGAUUAGUCAAGGUCACCAAGGAAAUCGUUCAACCCGAAAACCCUCACUUGAUCAAAGUAGCAGUGAUCGGUGCAGCCAAUGCAGGAAAAUCCACACUUGUCAAUAAGAUUGUCGGAGAAGAAAUAUCAGGCGUUUCACCAAAAGCACAUACAACCCGUGAGAGAAUCUUGGCAGUACUGUCAGAAAACAAUCACCAAGUCGUCUUUUUGGAUACACCAGGUGUCAUUCCAGAUCACAAUCAUGCCAAAAUGAACCGUACACUCUCUACUUCCUCCUGGAGAGCAUUAGAUGAAGCGGAUCACGUGCUUGUGGUGGUGGAUGCUGGAAGAUCUCUUCAACCUAAAGCUCGUGUAACAGAAGACUUUUUGUUGGAAAGACUCAAGGAUUUGAAUAUUCCUGCAACAUUAAUUUUCAACAAGAUGGAUUUGAUUUAUGAGGAUCGCGAAUCACUUUCAGAAGUUCAAGAGAGAUACGUGCAAGGAUAUACUCAAUUCAAAAACACAUUACAUAUUUCUGCAGUAUACGAAGAAGGAUUAACACAAGUCAAGAAUAUUCUUUUUGAGCAUUCGACUGCUAAACCAUGGAUCUACCCCGUUGAACAAAAGACCGAGAUGGCGGAUUUAAAACGAGUGGAAGAAAUGAUUCGUAUACAAUUCUUUAAACGUCUCCAUCAAUAUAUACCGUACAUGUUGAAACAAGAAAAUGCUGGAUGGACCGUAUUAAAAGACGGUACACUCCGUAUCGAUCAAAACGUUUAUGUAGAACGUGAUAGUCAACAAAAGAUCGUGGUCGGCACCAAUGGUCGAAUCAUCAACAGUGUGGUGGAGGAAGCCAGAGAUCAAAUCAGUAAAGCCUUUAACCGACCUGUCAAAUUAUUCCUUCAAGUCAAGACCAGAAAAAAUAAUAUCAGUAAUCAAUAA